AUUUGUCAAGUAAAUAGAUGUGGUGUUGUGUAGAAAUUGAAAUUGCUAACGGAUAGAAUCACUAGUUAAAUAUAUUUAAAUAAAUAUUUUUCAUAAUGGAAUAUUAAACUACGAUAUGUGUACAUUAGGUUUUUUUUCUAAUUGAGGAAAAUGGAUCAACCUGAUGAAAGUUCUCCAAGUAAAACAAUUCCAAGUAAAGAAAAUCAUUCGGAUUCAGUGAAAAAAAAUAAAAUACGUGGAAAAAAAAGGAAACGAGAAAGCAGUACGAGUACUGAUGAAGAUGAUAUGUUACCUGAAAACACAUUUGAAUUUGAAAAUAAUCUUCAAGCAACAGCUUUAAAAAACAAUUUAGAUGAUGUUGUUGUUAAAAAAAUACUGAAGAAAGUUGUAACCAAUGAUCAUGUGCUGGCACUUGUUAAAUUACGUGAAGAGGAGGAGUUGGCAUGCACUCAGGAAAAUGUACAGCCGAAGCUCACACGAGCCAAAGCCAAGGAGUUAAUGAAAGCAUCACCACAAUCAGCUCCAUGGAAUCUGGAAUUGACGCCAAUUAAACACAUCCCAGUGAAGACCAGGCCUGAAGUCAAGGCUUUGAUUGCACAAGAACUGCCUGAAGAUGAAGAUGAUGAUGAGUAUAGGCCUGCCAAUGAAGAUGUUCCUAGUGACGACGACCAUGCUACUUGUAGUGACAUAGAUUCCCAGCCAGCGACGCCAGCGACACCGAAAAGUGCAAGCAAGUCUAGUCCGAAAGUUGUCACAGAUGGGCCGUUUAAAGUACCACAAGAAACAGUAUCGCAAGUGCGAAAGCAGCUAGAUCUAGAGGAGGAAGCGACAAUAGCGCUCAGGACUAGAUCCAAACUGAGCCUUUCGGAAACUCCAAUAGAGCACAUAGAAAGUUCUUUCGUCCCACCCGACUAUAUACCUGUUCCAGAAGUGGAUUAUCUGUGGACUGACUUCUUGAUAGGUUGCCUCGAUCCCGCUCCCAAUACCAGGCACGAAGAUGAUGAUGAGGCUGACCCCGAGUAUAAUGUAGCUGCUGAUCCUGAUGCAGUUGAGGAAGAUGAAGAAGCCCUUGAGAAUAGCCUCAUAAAGAUAUCUAAAAAGGAGCUGAAUGAUUUAGUGACGGAACUAUUUAAUGUGAUGCCCGAACCUGAACUGACACCCCUGUUAAAUGAGGCUGCUGUGGAAACUGGAAAAGAGAUGAACCCACCCCGCUGGGACGGCAAGCAAGAGCCGAAAUCAGAGGACGAAGCGCCAUCUUCGUCGGCAUCUCUGCUAACAUUCGAGAGACAUGACACUGUUAGGAUAUCCAUGGGUAAAAUAGAACCUCUCGAUCACAAUGAAGAUCAACCGGCAGCACAGACUGUGACAGAAGUGACGCCCCCAGCGCUGACAGAGGAGAAGCGAGAGGAUGUCGCGCCUCGGGCGCCGCCGCCCGUGCUGCGGGCCGUGCUCAGCGCGCCGCCUGACACUUUGCACGUGGAGAUCGACAGUGAUGAUGUUGUAACACCACAACAGAUAUUAAUACUCCAGCAACAGUUGAGGAUGCACAUACAGGUGUGCGCUUCGAACUUCCUGCAGCUGUUUGUGAACCCCACGCAUUGGUCAUAUGCGCCCAAAUACAAGGAGUAUUUGGAAUCACUAAACAACAUGGUGGACGCGAACGCUAAUUCCGUAGCGAAUGUAUGCAAUUUGAAGCCAGCGCUUGAGUUGAUGAGCAGCUGGGAGACCUCGGUCGCGCAGGACACGCCCGAAAAUGCUAAAAUGGUCGAGUUUUUGAAGUCCGAGGAGGAUAGAUGCCGGCGGCGCAGCCUCGCGCACAGCACGUACAUCGGCGAGUUCCCGGACAUGCUGAAGAGCGUGGUGGCGAACAGCCCCGUGUUCCUGUACCCGUACCUGCUGCCCGCCGCGCCCUUCCGCCCGGACGUGCUGCGCAGGCGCAACAAUUACCUGCCGUCGGAGGAACAGCUAAUAGUGCUCGGUCUGGACCAAUUCUGGACGUAUGUAGAGGACAACCCCGACAUAUACAAGCCGCCGCGCGGCAACCCGCGCCACCGCUGGGGGCUCACCGCCACCAUCCAGCUGGUCUGCAAGUACAUGUUCCCCUGGGUCACCAUGAAGACCCUCGCCGGACAUAUACAGGCGAUGCGGAAGAUGGCCGACAAGGACCAUCCUAUUAAGAAAUUCUUCGCGAACCGGCACGUGGAGCCCACGAAGCAUGUGCUGAUGCCGUUCAACCCGGAGCUGACGCUGUACGAGCAGCCCGAGAACGAGAUGCCGAUGGUGUGGGUCCGGUACCUGGCCAAGAGCAGCAAGCGGUUCCGGUCGUUUCUACACAAAAAGCGACGAACAAAUCACAAAAUUCCAGACGGCAUUGAAAUAAACUCUAGUACUACUGUGGAAGAUGCACCAAAACGGCCUCUGCCUAUAGAAUUUGUUAAAACUUAUUCCAAUAAACCGAUAAAUAUUGUGCCAAUAAAACCGAACCUACCGGACAAAGUCGAUGUUCAUAUAGAAAAAGAAAUCGAAACAACCCCUAAAGUGUACCAAGUUAUUAAUGUUGAUGCAGGAACAUUGCUGGUGCCGUUACAAAUGAAUUCCAAUAGUGAUGUGACGAAUCUCAAUUCACAAAAUGCUAAAACGAAUACGGAAAGCGUUCAUAUAAAACCGAAACCGGACCACUGCAGUUGUUGCGCUGUAUUGAGAAAAAUAUGCAAGUACAGACAGAAACGCAUCACCGAGUACAUGAAAAAGUUCGACGUAAAACUCACCUGUCCGUGUAAAAGCGUUAAACAUCCAAAUAUAUCGAAUAAACUGAAAUUGUUGCUGAGAUCUUAUAAAGGGAUGUCUUUACAACUGUUCGAAGAUUUGAGGGAGAGGAUCGGGAAUUUGAAAAGGAAAAGUAACAAAAAUGUUCAUAUCGUUGAGAAUAAUUCGGAUUUAAGCAAACUGGCAGAAUCCAGGGGGAGUGACGCGAAAGACUUGGCUUUCGUAACGAUGUUCAAAGCGCGACUCUGCAUGCGUCAGAAUAAAGUUCGCAACCAACAAAUAAAGCGUAGUUUGUUCAGAAUAUUGAAUCAGUUCAAUGCAAAAACCGAUGAUCCUAUGACAUUAAUGGACGACAUCUAUAAGGCGUGUGAUGUUGACUUAGCGGAUAUGUACAAGGAGUUUCUGGGAUUCCUCACAGCGGAGCAAGCGGAUAAGAUCGACAAAUUGAAAGAUUAUUUCGUGCACAACUGUAUGGAGGAUUUGAUAAAGAAGACUGAAGAAAUAGUGUCCGAUAAGAACAAAAAGCUCAAAAUAUUCGAGUAUUUGUUGAAACUCACGAACAACAACGCAACGGUGUCUUGUGUCACGUGCACCGAACUGCUCGCUAGAAUGCGAGACUAUCCCGAACUGGCGAGAUAUUGCUUUUCCUUAUUUCCCCAUCGACGGAAAGCCAUAAUUGAAAUGGAGCAUGAUAGCGUCAAUGAGAACGAAACAAUACCAGCACCGACUCCCGUAAUAACUAAUAAAGUUACAAAUUUAGAUAAUCAACAACGGCCAAUAGAAAUAGAAAUCAUCGAUUCAAAUGAAAAUGUUGAUAGCUCACAGAAAGAAGCGACAAAUAGCAUUGAAAAUGACAUAACACAGAUUAUCGAAGAUCCGAACGCACAACCACAAGCAGAUGUAAAUGAAAACAAUAACCCAGAAGGAGAAAUUGGUGAAGAUAGUUCUAGGAGUAAAACAGCUGGUAUAAAUGGCGACAUAAGUAUGGAAGAUGCAGAAACGCAAAAAUCUAUCAGAAAUGUUAAUGAGUGUGGUACACGAAGUGAUGUAGAAAAAAGUUCUGAGGAGUCGGAUAAAAUGGAGACUAGCGCAUGUGAAAAUGUUCAAUUAAAUGGAGAUGAUAUUGGUAAAUGUGAUGCAAAUAUGGAUGACGAUGAAAUGGAACAAGAUGGCGUAUUGAGUAUAUGCGAAGAAUCCAACACGAGUUCUGAAUGUAUGAUAAUUAGCGAUGAUGAGAGUAACCAUAAAUCAAAGGAAAAAACAAAACACAGCUCUGAAUCUAAAGGCUUCACGCAAUUUAUUGCCUCUAUUAAAAAAGAGCAGACCGAGUUAAAUACAAUAAAAUCAGAAGUUGAAGAUGAAGAAGAACAAUAUGGAGAAAGUAGGCUGUACUUUGUACCUGAUGAUGAUAUGUGUAAGGAAGAGCCUAGCGAGUGGAAGCGGAAUGAAGACAAAAUAAUACUCGAAGUACUUAAACAGCAUCUUUCCCCACAAGAAAGGAAAGACAAAACAAUCUUCGAAAUUAUUGAGGAGAAAAGUAUUCCACAAAUGAUCUCUGAUAGCCUUUCUCAUAAAUCACUCGGUGAUGUUCGGGAUAGAAUAUUUUAUUUAUUACAAAUACUUCUUAUGAAUGAAUUAAAUGAAUGA